UGUCAAGAAAUCCAUUACCAGGGAACCAGAACUGGCAUUUAUGUCCCACUCAAUAGCUCUUACAACCAGUAUAUAAAGCUUCACAACACAACCAACACAUUCACCAUCUUUACUCUCAACCUAUCCUAAAACAUCUACUCAUUUCUCGCCUGAGACUUCAAUUAUUCACAUAAUUCUUCUUCAAGGGAAAAUGAGCUGGUCUGGAGGAGAUUGGAUGUGUGGUGUUUGCCAGCACAUAAAUUUCAAGAAGAGGGAAGCAUGCCAGAGUUGUGGAUACCCCAAGUAUGGGGGACCUGACCCUUCGACCUACAGAUACAACAGGACUGAAGCUUUGGCAGGGGACUGGUUCUGCAACUGUGGAGGUCACAACUAUGCCAGUCGAUUAAACUGCUACAGAUGUGGUGCAAUGAAAGAUGAUUAUUCUUCAGGAUAUGCCAACAACUCUGGAGGUUAUGGAUCUGACACUUUCCCCCCAGGAUGGAAGACUGGAGACUGGCUUUGCCCAAGACUUGGAUGUGGAGUGCACAAUUAUGCCAGCAGGACAGAAUGUUAUAAAUGCAAAAUGCAAAGGGAUUUUGGUGAGAAAAGUGGUGCAGAUUGAAAGAAGAAACUUCACAAGACCUGCAAUAUCAUUGACUUUUCCCUUGGCGUCUUUCUUAUCCUAACAAUACCCUAUCUUGUUUUCCCUAUGUCAAGUUCUAGAUAAAUCAUGGAUGAAAGCCUCUGUUAGAAUCAUAGCAAUGUUUUUUCAUUAGGAAGGAAUAUGGUAUCCGGCUGUCAUUGUUUCUUGCUAGAUUAUGUACUGACAAGAAGGUUAUGAA